AUGCUAGCACGAACAUCGCCCGGGGAUACAUGUUUCCCCACGGACGUGCUGGUGGAGAUUCUGUUGCGGCUCCCGCCGAGCGCGAGGCGCCGAGCCCGCCUCGUCUGCAGGCUAUGGCGCGACGUCGUCGACGAGCGCACCACGGAGAUGCAGAGCCGUGCCACGGUCCUCCUUUGGCACGCCGCCUCCACCAUCGCCUACGUUGUCGACGACCUCUCGUCAUCCUCGACGGGGAGCUAUAGCCUGCUGUGGAGCGGUCGCCAGCAGCUGGUCGGCACGUGCAACGGCCUGCUAUGCCUCUGCGACGACGGCGGGGACAUCACCCUGGUCAACCCAGCAACAAGAGAGACGCUGCCCGUCCCACGGCGGCCGCCAUGCGCCGGCCAACUAUUCGGCGAGGACAGGAGGUGGCACAGGGAAUACAACUUCGCGUACCAUCCCACAACAGGGCGGUACAAGGUGGUGCACGUCCCGUGCAGCUUCAACCGGGUCCGCGACGCGGUGCACGUGCUCACGCUUGGGGAUGAGGCGUGGCGAGAGGUGCCAGCCCCCGGUAACAAGAGGUGCAACCUCGACGGCAGCAUUGUCAGUGUGGACGGCGUGACAUAUUGGGUCACCGACGGCGGCGGCACCGCGAGGAUCAUCUCUUUCGACCUCGACAGCGAGCACAUCGCCGUCUCCGCCACAUCUCUGCCGUUUCUGCCUGCGAGGCACAACGACUACAGCCUGACCGAGGUGCACGGGAGGCUGGGAGUCAUCGUCAGCAACCCGGCGGGGAUGAUGCAAGCGUGGGUUCGGAACAAGGAGGGGAGGUGGAUCUGCCGGUACACCCUCGCAUGUCCCAUGCACGAGAUUCCACGGCCGCACUUCGCAUACGGCGAACACUUUUUGAAGUGCGAGGGGCAGUUGUUGUAUGCAUACCCGCGGCAAGGCGCAUUAUCGCCGUUCGGCUCAAGGCUUGCGUCCAACAUCGUGCAGGUCAAUCACAGGGAUAGGGGAGUGUUGGUCGCUAAGAUGAAUGGUGUGGGCUGGAGAUUUAACUACCGAACGUUUGCUCACGUCAAGACAUUGGAGCCCUUAGGUAUUUAUAUGCGGCCGCAAAAAUGUGCUAGUAUUUGUUGA